AGAGAUUCUUGGGUCCUAGAGACCAAAGAAAGAAUCAGCAGGAAUGCCCAGGGUGAAUGAUGGAUUGCAGAGCCUGGCUGAUCAACAGAAGAGAUUCUUGGGUCCUAGAGACCAAAGAAAGAAUCAGCAGGAAUGCCCAGGGUGAAUGAUGGAUUGCAGAGCCUGGCUGAACUCAACAAAAAUCCAGUGGGAGGCUUUUCAGCAGGUUUAAUAGACGACAAUGAUCUCUAUCGUUGGGAAGCCCUUAUUAUUGGUCCUCCAGAUACACUUUAUGAAGGUGGUGUUUUUAAGGCUUAUCUCAUUUUCCCAAAAGAUUAUCCCCUCCGGCCUCCUAAAAUGAAAUUCAUUACAGAUAUUUGGCCCCCAAAUGGCAAGCUUCCUCUGAUUUGGAACAAAAUAAAAACAGGCUGGUCUUCCCUUGUACCUGACACAGGCAAAUUGAGCUGGCCCAGACAGCAGAGCUCUGUAAGGAAAAACAGUGGCUCUGUCAGCAACCAUGGCACAGGAAGGUCACCUUUUCAUCCUGGUGCUAACAUCCAGCUGGAGUGGCAGUAUUACCAAAAUAAAAUCCUGAAAGGAGAAGCAGGUACACAUGAGUGUUUAAAAGCCAUGAAAGAGACCCUUAUGGAGGAAAAUAACCUCACCCAGGAAGUGGCCAUCAAUCAGGAAGAAGCUGUCCAUUGGAAAGCUGUGGUCAUUCAGGAAAAGCCCAUUUCUGAUGGCCAGCCUCAGGGUGCAAGCUGAGCUUCCCCUCAAACCUGGCAAUACCACUGCAAGGGCAGGAGGAAGACAAUCAUGAACGGCCUCCAAAAUCUCUGCUGCUGCUGCCGUUCUCCCACAAGAACCCUGCUCCAAGGAAAGAAGCUGGAUCCUGGAGUCCUUCCCAGGAUCAGGCCACCAUUUGCCUUAUCAACGGGAAGUCAGACACCCCACCAAGUUCCACACUGUGUGAGAAUGAUGGCUAUUGUGACCAGGGUGAAUCUAGAGACCCUUCUGAUGAGCAGCAACCUGCUGUGCAGCUGGAGUCCAGUCUCAUCUCAGCUGCAAGUCUCUACCUGGAGCCUGCACUCAGCUGGACACAUCUGAAGAUUGCUUCCAUUCCUUUGAGUGUGUGCACAUUUCUUGUUCUUGCCCAGGUAAGCAGGUGUGUUCUGACUAGCAGCUGUGGAGCUAACCUCAUGUAACUUCUCUAUGCUUCAUGAUGGACAGAAGAGAAGGCACAAGUGACUACAAGCCUGAGCCCAAACAUGCAGCAGAGGGAAGUGGCAAGAUGGGGCUUCAUUCUGCUGUUUCAACAUUUAGUGCUCUCUCUCCUUGGGCAAUCUCACCUGACUCACAUUUAGUCAUUUCUAGGGAGUUUGCGGAUUUUAAUUAAGACUAGAUGUCAGAGCUAUGGUGAAGGUGUAUGCAUAUCAUCUCAUGUCUGAAGGCUCAGUAGGCCUGUCUCCUGUGUAAGAGACUAGUCUUAUGGUCAAGACCAGCCUGUACAUAUAGAGAAAAAGAGUCUAGUUUGGGUGGCAGUGUGAAUCCUAAAAACAACAAGAACGAUGACGACGACAACAGCAACAACAGGAUUAGUGAUAUAGCUUAGUAUCAGUAGCAUGCAGGAGUCCCUGUGUUCUAGGCCAACAUCAAAUCAAUGUGGUGUCUAUGGCAAGAAACCUAGGAUUGAAGGGUAGAAGCAAGAGGACCAGACACUCAGCAUCAUCCUCCCCACAGGGAGUUUGAGGACAGUGUAGAAUGACUGACACUCUUUAAAAACAUACACCAUCCCACCCAGCCCCAAAUCUUAGUACUCAACUCUGAGAAAAGUGACUUGGCAGCUCAUAACAACCACACAUUUCCCGUGAAUCAGAAGUCCCCUCUGUGACAGAGAAGAAAACUGGGCAUCCAUAUGUGCAGUAAUUACUUCCUGUGGCUCAUAUCUGGAGUCGGCCUGAGGAUUGAGUUUGUCCCUGGUGCACAGCACUGAGGAGCUGUGAAGUAAGAACUUCCUGCCUGCCCUGUGGGAGGCGCUGAAGAGCUGUGCAGCCAGCACUCCCUGCUGGCCCUUUUGGAGGCACUGUGUAGUUGAGUGGUCCCUGUUCCCUGAUAGUCCCUUAGCAGGAAAUAAGAAGGAAGUUUUGAGGGCAUGGGGGCCCCAAACUUUGCCAAUA